AUGGCGCCGCUUCAAGGACGAAAGUUACAUGCUGCCAUCUGGGUAGAAUCAUGGAUCGCUGUUAUGGUCUUUGGUUACAACUCAGCGGCAGCAGGAGGCGUACUUGGAAUGCCUGCCUUCCGCAAGCAAUUCCCCAGCAUCGACGUCGAGGGCGCAACCACGCCCAGUGAGGAGCAUGAUAAGUCAAACAUUCAAGGAACCGUGGUAGCACUCUACACACUCUUCGGCGUCUUUGGGGCCUUGGGCUGCACCUUUUUCGGCGACCUGCGAGGACGGCGAAAAACCCUGAUUGCCGCUGCAUUUGCGAACGUGAUCGGUGUCAUCAUCAUGUCGACCUCGUACUCUCUGGGACAGUUCAUCGUUGGACGGAUCUUCAUUGGAAUUGGGACAGGAGGCAUCACUGCGACAGUGCCGGCGUGGCAGUCGGAGCUGUCGCGAGCCGCGAGUAGAGGAUCUCAUGUUUCGUCUUUCGGUAUCUACUGUGGCUCUGGUCUCUCCCUGGCCCUCUGGAUAGCUUUUGGCUUCUCUUUCACAACGGGGCAGGUGACGUGGCGGUUCCCAAUAGCAGGCUCGGGCAUCUUGUCAGUCAUCGUCAUGUCGACUGUCCUGUUGCUGCCGGAGAGCCCACGAUGGUUGAUGCUCAAGAAUCGAAACGACGAAGCAAGACGAGUCCUAGAACGACUACACCCCGGCGACCCAGACGCAGUCGACAAAGACAUCGAGGAGAUCGAGCUCGCCCUACGAAUGUCCGCCAAUCAAACGAGCCUCAAGUCAAUGUUUGAGAUGGGCCCUCAAAGAAUAUUCCACCGUGUGAUCUUGGCGUCCGUGGUGCAGAUAAUGCUCCAGUUCACCGGAGUGAACGCCAUCGCCUUCUACACGCCCACGAUCUAUGAGAACAGUCUGAAGUUUCCAGCUGUCGAGGCUUCGUCCCUCGCUGCAGCCUCUCAGGCUUGCAUCAUUUUAGGUGGCAUAAUUUGCUCCUUUACCGUUGACCGCUUUGGGCGCAGAACCCUCAUGAUGGUCAGCGCGACUGGCAUGUCCAUCUGUCUGGCCUGCGUCACCGGACUCGUGUCGACGGACAACCCUCUACCAUUGAAAGCCGCGGUCUUCUUCCUUUACAUGUACUACGUUGUAUACACACUAGGCUUCAUCGGCAUUCCGUUCUUAUACGCCAGCGAGGUUGCUCCAGUGCAGCUUAGAGGUGCUAUCUGCGGCCUUUCGACCGCGAUUAGCUGGCUUUUCAACUUCUUGGUUGUUGAAAUUACACCUGUCGGAUUCGCGGACAUCAGCUAUCGCUACUUCAUCAUCUACACCGUCACAUGCGCAACAUUCGUCCCAAUCGUCUACUGGUUCUAUCCCGAGACAUCAGGUCGUUCGUUGGAGGAAAUCGACGCCAUAUUUCUGGAAAGCAAGACUGUCUUUGACGGUGUCGGGGUGGCCAACGGGAUGCCCAAGACACGGCUGGCGGACAUGCCAAUUCGGGAGGAAGGAGCAGAGGAGAAGAUGCAGUAUGCUGAGGCUGCUGCUCAUGCGGAGCUGGCUCAGAAAUAA